AUGCCGACAGGCCAUCACGAACACCUACUGCACUGGAGCCCGAAACGCCAUUUUUGGGACGCCUCAACCUGCAAGAUUCAAGAACCAAUGGAACUGCCCCGCCGGCGGAAGCUCGCCUCAAGGAGCAUACAUCCAGAUGACAGAAGAUGGAGCUGCAGAGGGUGGGGUCACCGUCUACUGUGUCAUGUGAAGACUUACGUCGAUUCCGGAAUUUGGAUAGCUGGCACCUCUAAGGCUGAGAUCGAGAUGCAAAAGACCGGAACUUUAGAAUGUUCGUCCGCCUCAAAAGCUGGGAUGGACUACAUUGGUGUGCGGUCGUGUAGAGUAAGCGCUGGCAAAAGAGAUGCGAUUAAAUAA